UUCACUCUAUAUAUCUCAAUUAAUGGGGUGGGCAGUCGUUGUGAAGUUGUUGUUAUUAUGGGUUUUCAUAGUUUUAUUGGUUGAAAACGUAAACCAAGGAGUGGAAGGUUGUGUUGAAGAGGAGAGGAUUGGGUUGCUUCAACUCAAGGCCUCUUUCAUUCGGAACAGUACUGAUGAUGAGAUAAGGCAUGAUUUGGUUCUUCCUUCGUGGGUUGAUGAGAGAGAAAGUGAUUGCUGUGACUGGGAGAGAGUUACUUGCAACCACACGACAGGCAGAGUGGUGGAGCUCACUCUCCAUGAUCUAAGGCAGCUAGGGCCACACUACCACUACGUUUCUUACCAUGAUUGGCCUUCUUUAAAUGUCUCCUUAUUUAAACCUUUUGAAGAGCUGCUGAGUCUUGAUUUAUCUGAGAAUGGAUUUAAUGGCUCUAUUGAAAAUGAAGGUUUUGAAAGGUUGUUGAAAUUGGAGAUCUUAAACCUUGCUUUUAAUGGCUUCAAUAACAGUGUCCUAGAACCUUUGGGUUCACUCACAUCACUGAAAACUUUAAAUGUCAGUUGGAAUAUGUUGGAAGGACCUCUUCCUGUCAAAGAGCUAUCAGCUCUGAGGAAAUUGGAGAAGUUGGAUCUAAGCGGGAACAGUUUAAAUGUCCCCCUUCCAGUGCAAGAUUUGAUUUCAUUCAAGAACUUGGAGGUUCUAGAUCUGAGCGGUAAUAUAUUCACUGGAAAUAUUCCCCCGCUUAUGGGGAACUUGACUUCCCUCAAGGCUCUGUCUUUGGCGAACAACAAUCUCAACAACAGUUUGUCUAUUAAAGGUUUGUGUGAAUUAAACAACUUACAAGAGUUGGAUCUCUCUUGGAAUAAUUUCGAAGGAAUCCUUCCUCAAUGUUUGAGCAAUUUGAGAUCCCUUAGAGUGUUAGAUCUCUAUUGGAAUCAAUUCACUGGAAAUAUUCCACCACAUAUGGGGAACUUGACUUCCCUCAAGGCUCUGUCUUUGGCGUGGAAUCAUCUCAACAACAGUUUGUCUAUUAAAGGUUUGUGUGAAUUAAACAACUUACAAGAGUUGGAUCUUAGGGGUAACUCGUUCCAAGGAAUCCUUCCUCCAUGUUUGAGCAAUUUGAGAUCCCUUAGAGUGUUAGAUCUGACCGAUAAUAGAUUCACUGGAAAUAUUCCACCACAUAUGGGGAACUUGACUUCUCUCAAGGCUCUGUCUUUGGCGUGGAAUCAUCUCAACAACAGUUUGUCUAUUAAAGGUUUGUGUGAAUUAAACAACUUACAAGAGUUGGAUCUUAGUGGUAACUCGUUCCAAGGAAUCCUUCCUCCAUGUUUGAGCAAUUUGAGAUCCCUUAGACGGUUAGAUCUCUCUUGGAAUCAAUUCACUGGAAACAUUUCUUUUAUAAUAUCAACCCUCACAUCUCUAGAAUACUUCAGUCUUAAUUUCAACCAUUUUGAGGGUUUAUUCUCAUUAAGCUCCUUAGCCAAUCAUUCCAAGCUUGAGAUUCUUGAAUUAGGCAGCAACAAAUUGCAGGUGCAAACUGAUCAUUACUCAAAUUGGGCUCCCAAGUUUCAGUUGAAAGUCCUAGGGUUAUCAAACUGCAACCUCACCGGUGAAAUACCCGAGUUUCUUUUCCACCAACACAAAUUAAGAGUUGUUGAUCUCUCCCACAACAACUUGAAAGGAGUGUUUCCUUACUGGUUGCUUAAUAACAAUGCAAGACUUGAAUAUCUGGAUGUCUCCGCCAAUUACUUUGAUGGCCAACUUCAAGAAAACAUUUCAAUCAGUCUUCCAUACAUUUCGUAUCUAAAUUUAUCCACAAAUUCUUUCAAAGGUAUUCUUCCGUCAUCACUUUGCAACAUGAGUGCCUUACAGAUAUUGGAUUUGUCUGUUAACUUGUUCUCUGGAGAAGUACCAAAGGAAUUGGUUUCAGGUUGCAUCAAUUUGAGAGUUUUGAAAUUAUCCAGAAAUAAAUUUCAUGGUCAAAUACUCUCAACACACUUCAACUUGACCAACUUACAGGCUCUGUUUUUAGAUGACAACCAGUUCUCGGGAAUUUUGUCCAACACAAUUUCCGAAAGCUCUGCGCUGUUUGCGUUGGACAUUAGCAACAAUUACUUCUCAGGGAUGAUUUCUAGCUGGAUAAGUAAUAUGACAGAAGAAUAUGUGAUUUUUGAUGUCUCUCAUAAUUCUUUCGAAGGCCGGUUACCAUGUGAAGUAGCUGAAGGUUGGGUUUUGGAUGUCUCUCAUAACUCUCUUUCGGGAUCAUUACCUUCUUGCUCAUACCCAACAGCUCAUAUUUAUUUGCAGGCAAACAAAUUCACAGGACCAAUACCAAAUGCUUUUGUCAAUUCAUCAUCUAUGAGGACAUUGGACAUUAGCGAUAACAGCUUAUCUGGCAAUAUUCCCAAUGGGAUUAGCGCACUCUUCCACUUAAGAGUACUUCUGUUGAGGGGAAACCAUUUGAGUGGUUUGAUUCCAAAUCAAUUGUGCAAGUUGAAUAAGAUAUCCCUUUUGGAUCUAUCCAACAACUAUUUUUCUGGGUCGAUACCUCGUUGCAUUAGUAACUUCUCUUUUGGAAAGAUAGGCCCAAAUCACGACGGGUAUUUUCAAAUGGGCAUUGGUACUUGGAGUGGGUUGAAUUCGGCCACAUAUGGAAGUUUCUUAUUAGUGAGAACAUUCUCAUUCUAUGAAUCUGUAAUUGAUGCAGCACUACUAGCAGAAGCCGAGUUUGUUACAAAAAGAAGGCCUAGCUCUUACAAGGGUUAUAUCCUGUAUAACAUGUCAGGAUUGGAUUUGUCAUGCAACAACCUAACAGGUGAAAUCCCUCAUGAGCUAGGUGAGCUAGUUUGGAUUCAUGCAUUGAACUUGUCUCACAAUCAGUUACAAGGAUCCAUCCCCAGAACAUUCUCUAGCCUGACUCAAAUAGAGAGCUUGGAUCUUUCUUACAACACCUUGAGUGGAGUGAUCCCAACAGAGCUGAUUGAUCUGAAUUUUCUCGAAGUCUUUUCUGUAGCUCACAACAACUUAUCGGGUAAAACUCCUGACAUGAAGGCCCAAUUUUCGACAUUUGAUUGGAGAAGCUACGAGGGAAAUCCUUAUCUUUGUGGACCACAAUUAGAGAAAAAUUGUGCCACCGUUGUUCAGUCUCCAAACACACCAACAACAAUUUCAGAAGAAAGUGAGGCAAAAUGGUAUGACAUCGAUCCAGAGGCUUUUUAUGUUACUUUCUGUGUGUCAUACAUCAUGUUCUUAUUAGCACUGGCUUCUGUUCUGGGUAUCAAUCCCUAUUGGCGAAGAAGAUGGUUCAAUUUCAUUGAGGAGUGUAUGUAUUCAAGCUAUUACUUUGUUUCUGAUGCUAUCUACAAGCUAUUGGCUCAUUAGUAUAAUUAGUUAUUGUUCGCUUAUAUAAAUCAGUCGAGUGUACUAAUGCUAAUAACUACCUUUAUACAUACUCAUGGUUGAUAAAAGCAUUUAGUUCAAAUCUGAAGAAAAAAAACUCCACUUUAUCUAUUUCUCUAUUCUCUGUCAUUCUUUAUCAUUAUCUUUUCCUGUCUAUUAUUGUUUGGCAUUUGACAUAACAGGUUCGUUGAAAUUUGUUCUUUUUAGGAUUUGGGAUAAUUUAGCAAUGGAACAAUUUUUGAAUUAUAUUUUAAGAACGAAGAAGAUAGCUUUGGCUAUGAGGUGGGGAUCAACUGUAGUACUUGAAAUGCUGGCAAUCACAUGAAAAUUUUUAAACCUCAGUGAUUUGGGACACAAGAAACAUUUAGAACCAAUAUGUAUUCAAAGCGUGUUAGAUUAUGAAUUUUUUUUUCUCCAUGCCUAAACGUAUAGUUGAUCAAAAUACUCCUAUUUCAGAUUAUUUAUUUGUCAGACUGGUGACAGAAAUAUCUCAGAAAGGCAAGGAAAACAACAAAAACAAAAAAAAAAAUUGAAUGGAUUUGAGGGAAGAAAGCAAAUGUGAAUAAUUAUUAAAAUAAUGUCAAAACAAUGCUUUACUAGGAAAAGGAGAGUGAAUAUUCCAAACACAGACAUAAUAGGUAUAAACUACAAAAUAUAAAAAUGUACACAUUUUAACACAUAUAAAGUAACAAUAUAAACAAAAUAAUCAAUAAACUAGGCUGUAACAAUUUGCAAUAAAGUAUUAAAAAUAAGCUUUUCUCCUACCAACUUAAUUCUAGUCUCAAACUGUUUCCAUAAUAAACAGCAAUAAAAAAUAGGUGGAAAAUCAACAUUCAUAUUUUUCUCAACAAUGCCUUUAGCCAAAUUAUUUGGACUAUAUGUAUCUCUUUUACUCAUUAUGGUCCAUCAAUUUCUAGCUUGCCUUGUAUUAUCAUUAGUGCAAGAUGUUUCCUUAAAAGAUAACAAAGAGGGAUAUAUAAAUAAUAUUAUCAUUAGUGCAAGAUGUUUCCUUCAAAGAUAACAAAGAGGGAUAUAUAAAUAAAGUUAACGGCAUCAUCAUAUUGAUUAGGGCCUGUUUGGUAUCUAUUUUAUUUUUGUUGCUUUUGUUUUAGGCCGCUAUAGUAGCCCAAAUGAAGUCCAAAACAUGUUUGGUUGAUUAUGUUUUGUUUUGCACAGUUGUAAAACAUUUCAGUAAAAAACCUCAAAACUUGAAACACCAAAAUGGUGUUUUAUCUUGUUUCAGCCCUGUUUGCCCAAGAUUUCACUGUAGCGGAAGAAGUAGCCGGCCCAACUUAAAACAUACUUACUUCAGGUAUAUAAACAUUUUAGGUUAUUUUUGGCAAAUUUUCUCUCUCCUCUCCCAAUACUCUCUCUGCGAUUCAAGGCGAUUUCAGAAAAUUUCAUCAUCACCGAUCGAAGUUGCAUUAGCUGCAUCAGUUGAAAAUCCUUUCGUUAUCGAACUGCAGCCUCACCGGUGAAAUACCCAAGUUUCUUUUCCACCAACACAAAUUAAGAUUUCUUGAUCUUUCCCACAACCACUUGAAAGGAGUGUUACCUUACUGGUUGCUUAAUAAUAAUUCUAGACUUGAAUUUCUGAAUAUGAGGAAUAACUAUCUCACCGGUCAAUUUGAUCUACCACCACGCCUUAACGUGAGUUGGCUGGAUAUCUCGAACAAUAACUUUACGGGGCAACUUCAAGAAAACAUUUCAAGGAGGCUUCCAUACAUUUCGUAUCUAAAUUUAUCCACAAAUUCUUUCCACGGCAUUCUUCCGUCAUCAUUUUGCAACAUGAGUGACUUAGAGAAAUUGGACUUGUCUGAUAACAUGUUCUCUGGGGAAGUACCAAAGGAACUGAUUUCUGGUUGCAUCAACUUGAGUGUUUUGAAAUUAUCCAGCAAUAAAUUUCAUGGCCAAAUACUCUCAACAAACUUCAACUUGACUGACUUAAGCGAGCUGCUUUUGGAUGACAACCAGUUCUCGGGAAUUUUAUCCAACACAAUUUCCAAAAGCCCCCAUCUAGUUGUGUUGGACAUUAGCAACAAUUACUUCUCAGGGAUGAUUUCUAGCUGGAUAAGUAAUAUGACAGAUUUGGAUGCCGUCAUCAUGCGAAAUAAUUCUUUCAAAGGC